AGAGAGAGAGAGAGAGAGAGAGAGUGAGUGAGAGAGAGAGAAAAGUAGUAUAACGAGAGACAGAGAGCUAGAAUGGUGAACGCUGUUGCCUUGAAGGGAAGGCCAGCUGGCGACCUUCGGACAUUGGAAAAGAGCAUAAGUAUAGAAAGUCGUCCGUUGCGAUUAAACGAAAAAAAAAUGAAAAAAGAAAGAAAACAGAAUCAGGCGGUUAUUAUCGAACGUUUCCGACGAUAUCGGAAGAGGUAAAUUGUAUUGUUGGGAAAUGGAUUUAGUUAAAUAGGAAGGAGCUAAAAUGAGAAACGAAAGAGAAUUACAAAAGAGAAAAUAAAAUCGUGUCAAACGAGAUAGCACGGUUAUAAAUAAUGAAUAUAAAAUGUUGGCACGGUUAGCAGCGAAUUAAAAUGUCAGAGAUGAUUUGGAGAGUGAGAAACUAAAUGGAAGGAAAAUCGAGUGAAAAUAAGUAGACGAGAUGAAAUGAAAUGAUACGAGACGAGACGAGAUGAAACGAGAGAAUAAAGUUAUAACAAUGAAAUGAUUAAUUGGAAAGAACGGAUUGAACUGAGAUAAAUAAUUAGAAUAUUGAUGACAAGGAGGAGGAAAAAGAAAAAAAAAAGAAAAAAAGACGAUAAAAAUGUUCACGAGCCUCCGAGUCACGAGAAUACCAGUCUUGUUUUUCUUUUUUUUAUGCCAAAAGAGGUGCGUUCGUGCGUAAUCAGGAUAGGCGUGUUGUAUACCGGUAUACGACCUAUCUUAAAAAUGAGAACUCUCGUCUGACGUCUAUUUAUGACUAGAAAAGAAGAAAAUCAGAAAUAGAAGAAGAGGAAGAGGAAGAAGAAGAAAAAAGAGGUGAAGAGGGGAGAAAUGAAAUAAAUAAAAAGAAGAAAAUAAUCCGAUGGAAUCGAGAUGUGCGUUGUGUGUUGUCCAUGGAACAGACGUCCGAGUUUUCUGAAUUUUUAUUGAAAGUGCUCGUCAUAGUAGUCGCAUAAUAGUCAUAGUUGUAUUGUCGUCGUCGGCAUCGGUAAUCGGCCGAGCGAGUUGGGGCGAAUGGGCCCGAGCGAUCACGACAAGAGGGUGAGCGCGAGGGUGGGGGUGGAGGGCAACAGAGUCGAGCGUGUACCGUCCACAUGACCACUUCUCGCUCGAUGCGAGAAAGACACGGUCCUGUCGUUUUCUCGCGCGUCUGUCCUCUGUCUGUCUCUCUUCUUUGAUUUAUCUUACGUGAAAACGAGCGCGUUCGCGCGCGCGCGCUUGCGCUCUUUCCUUCUCUCUCUCUCUCUCUCUCUCUCUUUCUCUCUUUCUCUUUUUUCUUCUCUUUUCUUUUUUCCCUCUCUUCUCUCUUUCCUCUCCCCUCUCUUUCUUUCUCUCUCUCUCUCUCUCUCUGUAUAUAUCUCUCAAUCUUUGAAAGUAUAUAUAUAUAUAUUUAUAAAUAUAUAUAUAUAUAUAUAUAUAUGUGUGUGAACGUAUCUAUCUUUCUCUUCGCGAUUUGUCGGGAAUUAAAAGAAUUUUCUUUAAAACAGCUCCGUGAUCGAACACGGAGGAAGAGAAGAUACAAUCGAAAGAAAGAGAAAGAAAGGUAGAAAGAGAGAGAAAAAGAGAGAAAGAUUUUUCGGUGGGGUAAAAAAAGGCUUUUCAAUCGUCGUUCAACCAUGCGAAAUCUUAAUGCUACGCGAGGCGCCGCUACGCGGGAACUUUAAUGGUAAGUCGGCAAACAAUAGCUUUGCUUUCAAUCUUUCACGACUUGUUUUACCUAUAUGUAUGUUAGGCGGAUCUUGUGCAUGUAAGUUACUCCUCGAUCGUUCGCUAUUGGUUGAAAGGGUUUGUACUCGUCGCCACGUGUACUCCGCGUUCACCAACAGCUAUGAGACAUAAACUUAACUGUAUAGAUGGUAACGUGGCCAUCGAACUCCGAAUGAUAAUAAUAGAACGAACGAAAAUACAGAGGCUUGCUCGAGAUGCACGGUUUUUAGGUGCACCAGCAUGUUUCACAGACACACAUAUAUAUAUAUAUACACACAUACGAGCGCGCGCGCAUACUUGCUCGUUCGCAUAUGGUCGCGUUUUACUGCCAUCACGAAACACUUAUUUCACAUUUUAACGUGUAUUCGUAAUAGUAAAAUGAAAAUAAUCGAAUUCGUCGAUUAUGCGAACGAUCGAUGUUCAACGUUCAACGUGAAUCGUCAAAUUCGCCGAUUUUUUCUUUCCCUUUUUCUUCCUUCUUUCUUCUUUUUUUAUUUUCAUUUAUUUAUUAAUGGGCUUACGUUACGUCACGUCGUGACAUAUAAAUUGCACGGUCUCGAAAUCGAGUUCGAAAACGGGUUGUGACCAGUUGUUACUGUGUAUGUUUCCUUUCUGUCUCUUUCUCUCAUCCGUUCUCGCGACUAGAACGGGUUAUCGGACAGUCGCCUUCCGAGUCUCCCUUAUCGUUUGGAAUUCGAAAGUCGCUUCCAAAAGAGAAGGCCGAACAUGAUCGAGUGCGAAUUUUGUAAGUCGAUGAAAGGAG